AUGGCCUUAAGAGUGGUGUCCAAGACAUUGAUUGUCGUCGUAUUGGAUGAGUCGGGAAGUAUGUCACCGAAACUGACGGACACGUUGGGCGGGUUCAACCAGUUCAUGACCUCGCAGCGCCAGGUGCCCAAUGACCAGGGAUAUGUCUAUUUGGUCACAUUCAACAGCACAGUGAAAGUCCUCUACAAAGGCGUCCCAUUGGAUGACAUACCGGCGCUCACUGGAGACAACUACAAGCCCAGCGGCUAUACAGCCCUAUACGAUGCCAUCGGACGGGGAGUUGGUGUGGCCCUCGAGGACAAGGGAGCGGAGGAUCGCGUGAUUUGCGUGAUUAUGACGGAUGGCGAGGAGAACGCCUCCAAACACACGACUCUUGCACAGGUCCGGGAGGUGAUCGCCGAGUGCGAGGGCAAAGGCGACUGGACUUUCGUUUACAUCGGCGAGAACCCCGAGCAGUGGUCCCGCAGCACCGGUAUGUCUCACGGCUCGUCCACUCGCUAUAAUCACCACAACUCGGAGGACAACUACUCCAGCGCUAACUCAGCCGUCACUCGUCUUCGGACUUCCGUUCAGAAGUCCAUUAAGAAUAUCUUUUUGCCCGAUUGA